AUGGAGACCGAAAUGGAGAUUGAUAGCCCAAGAGGAACGAAAAGAAAGGCUGGCGAAGCGUCGUUGGCUGAAGCAGGCCCUCGCCGCAUCAAGGCUUUGGACCAAGACGUGGUGAACAAGAUUGCUGCAGGAGAGAUCAUUGUGGCGCCGGUUCAUGCUCUGAAAGAGCUAAUCGAGAACGCCGUCGAUGCAGGAUCAACAGCGCUCGAGGUCCUGGUGAAAGAAGGUGGCUUGAAGUUGUUGCAGAUCACCGACAACGGCCAUGGUAUCGAGAAAGAGGAUUUACCUAUCCUUUGCGAAAGAUUUACUACCUCGAAACUGAAGAAGUUCGAGGACCUCGGAAACAUUGCCACGUACGGGUUUCGAGGUGAAGCACUGGCCAGUAUAAGCCACAUAGCACAUUUGACCGUCACAACAAAGACAAAAGGCUCUAAUUGUGCCUGGCGUGCUCACUAUGAUGGAGGGAAGCUGGCACCUGCGAAACCCGGCCAGCCGGCUGAGCCAAAGCCUACAGCUGGGCGAAACGGCACGCAAAUCACAGUAGAAGAUUUGUUUUAUAACGUACCUACACGUCGUAGGGCUUUCCGCUCUGCUUCCGAGGAGUAUAACAAGAUCAUUGACAUGGUCGGACGAUAUGCAGUCCAUUGUCAAGGUGUUGCCUUUUCUUGCAAGAAGCAUGGAGAUUCUGGAACAUCCAUUGCUGUCCAGUCAGGGACAUCUACAAUUGACCGCGUCCGACAAAUCCAUGGCGGGAGUGUCGCAAAUGAGUUGAUCGAGUUUGCCACGUCCGACGACCGCUAUGGACUCAAAGCAGAGGGUUUGGCAACAAACGCAAACUAUCACAUCAAGAAGACAACUCUACUGCUAUUUAUAAACCACCGAUCAGUGGAAUCGUCAAACAUCAAAAAAGCAAUCGAGCAGACCUACUCAACCUUCUUGCCGAAGAAUGGACACCCUUUCGUUUAUUUGAACAUUGAAAUCGACCCGCAACGAGUAGAUGUAAACAUCCAUCCAACGAAAAGAGAGGUCAACUUCUUGAACGAAGACGAGAUUGUACAGGCUAUCUGCGAAAAUGUUCGGGACAAACUUGCUGCUGUGGACACCAGUCGUACGUUUAUGACACAGACGCUUCUUCCGGGUACCGUUCUCCCCAGUGAUCUGCCUCAGCCAGAUGUGGAUGGUCCGACUAAGAAACCGGCCGCCAAAGGCAAGGCUCCUGUACGACCCUAUGAAAAUAACUUGGUGCGCACUGACGCCUCACUCCGUAAGAUCACUAGCAUGUUCCAGCCAGCAAAUGCAGAGAGUCCAGCUGUGGAACAAGCUGACGAGAUGGGGCCCCAAUAUGAACAUGCGGAUCGGGAGGCGGUCGUUUGCCGCUUGACAAGCGUACGGGAGCUUCGUGGUGCUGUUCGUGAUGAUAUGCAUCAUUCUCUCACCGAGGUCUUUGCAGGUCAUACCUUCGUUGGCAUCGUUGACGAAAGACGGCGCCUGGCGGCGAUGCAAGGAGGCGUAAAGCUUUACUUGGUUGACUAUGGUCGUGCUUGUUCUGAAUACUUCUACCAAGUAGGUCUGACCGAUUUUGGCAACUUUGGAACAAUUCGCUUCCAGCCCGCUCUGGAUCUACGCGAGAUCUUGUCCAUUGCAGCAGAGCGUGAGAAAGCCACUGCAGCAGAAGGAGAACUUGCAGAUGAUGACGAUUUCGAUGUCGAAGAGGUCGUAGAGACCGUAGCAGAGCAGAUUAUUGAGCGACGAGAAAUGCUGCUCGAAUACUUCAGUCUUGAGGUAUCGCCAGCAGGCGAGCUGAUCAGCAUUCCACUUUUAACGAAAGGCUAUACUCCGUCCAUGGCCAAGCUUCCUCAAUUUCUACUUCGACUUGGGCCGCACGUGGACUGGACUGAUGAGCGAGCUUGCUUUGGGACAUUCCUGCGAGAGUUGGCUAGUUUUUAUGUUCCGGAGCAGCUUCCACCUCUGCCAGGCAAUGCAGAGCAGUUGGAGGCGGAGAACAUAUCAGACGAGAUAAAGUCCAGAAGAGCACAUGUGCGACGCGCUGUUGAACACGUUUUCUUUCCUGCUUUCAAGGCAAGACUUGUGGCUACAAAAUCAUUGAUGAACGGCGGGGUGUUGGAAUUGGCCGAUCUCAAGGGACUUUACAGAGUCUUCGAGCGUUGUUGA